AAAACUGGGAACUCCAGCCACACACGAUAACAAAAACCACAUUCCUUUCCUAAUCUAGUGCACCCAAGAAUUCCACAUUGUUUCGUAUACUUAUCUGAUUGGAUUCGGAAAAGGAUGAUCAAAGGGCCGACAAACGAAGCGCAGUUUGUGUAGGAAACAAAGAACCCUAGUCUCAUAUACUCCUAGUCUCUUACUCUUUGUCCCUGUAUAAAACACUUGGUUUGGGGCUCUCUCAAGCGCAUCUUCUAUAUUUUUACUUUUACUUGUAUAUUUUUACUUUUGGCAAAUCUAUUUCCUGGUUGGUAUUGGUAUGCGUUUCGUAACUGGAGUGUAGAUAAGCAAACAUGGCCAACCAACCAAGUUAUAAUCUGAGGUAUUAUUCUUCAGUAACCCUGUUCAACUCAGACCCUUGGCCUUUUUUCUUCGUUUUCUUGUGAGUUUUCAAAGAAUCUUGGAAUUUUUCCUUCUGCGUUGCAUUCUGUUGUUGUUUUCUUCUUUUUUUUUGCGGUUUUUGAGAGAGAUGGGUAGCGGGGAUAAAAGUUUGAGGAAUUUCCAUCUGCACCUUCCUCAUCUACACGUUAAUCAUCAUCAUCAUCAUCAUAAAAAGCAGCAGCAGCAGGUGGUGAUGAGAGAUGUGCCAAAAGGGUGCUUGGCGAUAAAGGUGGGACAGCAGGGAGAGGAACCGCAGAGGUUUGUGGUGCCGGUGAUAUACUUCAAUCACCCGCUGUUCAUGCAGUUGUUGAAGGAAGCUGAGGAAGAGUACGGUUUUGAUCAAAAAGGAACCAUUACCAUCCCUUGCCAUGUCGAGGAGUUUAGAGAGAAAGAGGCACAGUAGUCGAAUCAGUGCAUGAGCUCCACGUUUUGAUUGAGUUCGAGACCUGGGUCUACUUGUGAAUACAAGUCAAACAAGGGCUAUGCAGAUGGUAAUUAGUGUGGUUUUUUGUUUGAGGAAUAUCAAGGUCUCUCUCACUGGCAAGUAGUUUUGUUUUGGCACUAUUUAUAUCCCAACUUGAAAGUUGUUAGGCACAGACCCUGCAGUAUGGGCCUUUGACUGUCAGCCUAAAAUUACUUAAUGACUAUGUUACCUGCAGUUUCAUUUUAAAGGUUUUUUUCCAUAUAUGUUUUCUGAAUUUUAUGGUUAACAAUUUAUUUGGUCUUCGGAUUUUA